UUUUAACUUUAUAACAUUUAUCAAUAUGCCUUAUACUCUUCUUGCCAUCGAAAACCCCUUGUUGGAUAUCCAAUGUAAGCCUACUCAAGAGCUUUUGGACAAGUAUAACCUCAAGGCCAAUGAUGCUAUCUUAGCUGAUGAGUCUCACCAAGCCUUGUACAAGGAAAUUGUUGAUAACUAUGAAGUUGCCUAUGUUGCUGGUGGUGCUGCCCAAAACACUGCUCGUGGUGCUCAAUACUUUUUACCCCCUAACUCUACCGUCUAUAUGGGUUGUGUCUCUGAUGAUAAGUUCGGUGAUAUCAUGAAGGAAUCUGCUAAGGCUGAUGGUUUGACUACCAAAUAUGAAAUCACCAAGGAGGCUCCUACUGGUACUUGUGCCGUUUUGAUCACUGGUCACAACCGUUCUCUUGUCGCCAACUUGGCUGCUGCUGAAAAGUUCAACGUCUCUUUUGUUCAAAAGCCCGAGAACUGGAAGAUUGUCGAAGAAGCCAAGUACUACUACUUUGGUGGUUUCUGUAUCACCCACGAUGGUGGUUACAACUCUGCUCUCUUGGUCUCUAAGCAUGCUGCUGAAAACAACAAGACUUUUGCUCUUAACUUGAGUGCUCCUUUCUUGUCUCAAUUCUUCAAGGAACGUCUUGACUCUGUCAUCAAGAACACCGAUGUUCUUUUCGGUAACGAAGAUGAGGCUCGUACUUAUUCCAAGCAAGCUGGUUGGGAGACCGAGGAUGUUGAGGAGAUUGCCAAGAAGUUGUCUCAACUUGAAAAGGGUAACAGCAAGCCUCGUCUUGUUGUUAUUACUCAAGGUGCCGAAUCUACCGUCACUGCUGUCGGUAACGUCUCUCACGUUUACCCCGUCAUCAAGGUCGAUGAGUCCGAAAUUGUCGAUACCAACGGUGCCGGUGAUGGUUUCUGUGGUGGUUUCAUGGGUUUGUAUGCUCAAGGUGUUGAGGAUGCUGCUCGUUGUGUUCAAGCUGGUCAUUACCUUGCCAACCUUGUCAUCAAGCGUGUCGGUCCUACUUAUCCUCCCAUGGCUGAAAGAACCAACGUUCCUACCUUCUAAAUUAUUUAGUUUUUUUAAAAAAAGCUAUGUAAGGUUCAACACCAAAUUUUUGUUUACCCCCCUCCCUUCGAGAAAAAAAAAGUCAUUUUUGCACACACCCUUUUAUUCAUUUUACCUAGAAUGUCGCCCUUGUAUCAUAGUUUCAACACGUAUUGUACUUAAUAAAUUAUAUGUUUUUUUUUUUA